GAUAUCGAUCGCGCCAAAUGCAAUUUUGAGCUACAAUUGUAGUGCCGAGGAUCAUAUCUUUGGUGAUUUCACGGCGUUUCACGGUCCUACAGACUUAGGCCGAGCUACUGGAAUUUUCCGGAUCAUAGCAUAGAUAAUUGGAGAAAUGUCAAUGGGUCAGCCAAAUUGUAUCAAUCAUACUCUCUUUGUUGUGAUAGAAUAGCGAGACUAAAGUAACAUGGCGGAAAGGGUAAUGGAGAAAAGCAUCUACCAAGAUGACAAUAUGGUGCAAACAUCGGAAGAAGAGUCAUCGGAUGACACCAGUGCAUGGGACAGCGAUCCCGUGACCCAGAGGCAGAAGUCAAGCAGACAAUAUCACCCAGUCAGGGGUCAACCAGAAGAUGUUAGUCAGUCUGGUGGCAGCGAUGAGGACGAUCCAGACCCCAAUCCCAACAUGGAAGGAAAACUUGAAAAUGGCAAGAUGUUCAGGGUGGGUCUGGAUAACGGAGAUGAGCGAGAAGCGGGUCGGGAAAGGACGAUGGAAGAGAGAAGCGGUUUGAGGGAUGGUGGAGUUACAGCUCAGAUAAAUGGUGGUGGACAUCACCGGAGCAAUCAUGCCAAUGGUAAUGAUGACCUUGAUGAUGACCUUGAUAAUGGACAGGAAGAGGAAGAUGGAAGCACAGCAUCAGAAGGAGAUGGAGAGGUGUAUUCAAAUGAGAUAUCUUCCAAAGUUUACAAGGGACAAGAGCAGUUUGGGAGUGAAGACAAGAAUGAUGACGGGAUGAAGGAAGAUCAAGAGGAGGAAGACAUUGAAGAGAUCGAUCUUACCAGAGAACAUCUUCAACAGAAUUUCUUGAGGAUGAAUAAUGGAGAAAGUCAAUACCAGCAGUCAAGGGUGAUGUACCUACCCUCCUUUGGAUUCCUGGGACCCACUUCCCUUGGUCCAACAUCCCUCGGUCCUACCUCACUGAAUGCUGUCAUGGGAGAUCUCUUUGCUGGUGCCCCAAGUUUAGACAUCGAUCAGUCCGAUUCAGGAAGCAAUUUCACAGGGUAUGACCAGGAUGAAGGACUCUACAACGACUACAAUAAGGAAAGUCAAGGAUGCGAAGAAGGAAAACCUAGAGACGAUGAUGAGAAUCUUGGUGAGCUAUUUACAACCCUGAGGCUUCAGCAUGAUGAACAAAUGAAAGCCCAGCAGGAUCACCAUAGAAAACAGCUUCAGUGGCUCAGAAACCAACUCAUCACUGAAAGAAAUGACGAGAGCUUUCAGAAUGGUGCUGUUGGUCAUGAACCUGCUACCUCAGGGGUCCGACCACACGUCCAAGGUGCCAGUACAGAGGAAGGAGAUAGUGGGGAAACACAGUCCCAAGACGUAGACUCCGCACAUGCAUCAGGCCACAUGAAUUUGGAGGAGGUACCGCUCCUUGACCAGGCGGAAAACACCUCAGAGACCUCCACCUGUGUGUCCAGCUCACUGGACAUUACCCAGAUGACCACGUGGUCAGAUGUUCAUGGUCAUAGGCAGUCAGGAGAGGCUCAUAGGAACCAACAUCAACAAGCUACAGCAACUGAGGCAGCCAUACUGGAGCAGAUGCAGCGUAACUUUGAGUUGGAGCAAGCCGCCUUGCACCAGGAAUACCAGUCCCAGGUCAACAGAUUGCAGCAAGAGUGGUUGACCCAGCAACAGAUGCAGACACACCAGAAACAACUGGUCGAGGACAUGUUGCAGCAACAAGAAAAGAGGUUGCAACAGAUGACGCAACUUCAGAAAGAUGCGGAAGAAACCAGUUCCAUCUAUUCAGAUUUUACUUACUGGAAGCUGGAGGAAGGAGAUACCUACAAGGAUUUACCCCAUUCUAAACCGAGGGGAGGGCAACCAUCCAUGGAGAGGGACUCCCUGCUGUCAGAUGAUGCACAGAACACCCCUCAGGAUGAAAUGGUAUCAUCCAAGCAUUUGAAUAAGAACUCAAAUGGAGCCAAGCUUGUGGAAAGUCCAAGGACAUCUUCAAAUCGCAUCGACCUUCAGGAGAAGUAUUCUAGACACAUCGCUGACAUGGAGGCGUACUAUGAGGGAGAGCUUGAGGAUCUUCGCAAGCAGCUUGCUCAGGCCAGGCUAGCGUCAUCCGCCAUCGGGAAUGGUCAUGGGGAAGAGCUGGUGGGAGCGGAUACGAGCAAGCUCUAUAGGCAUUGCCAGCAGCUACAGACCAGCCUCAAUGCUGCUAAUAGUCGAAUACAGGAUCUGGAAGAUACAGUGAAGGCACUGGAAUCUAGAUUGUUAGAAUGGCCGGACAGGUACAGUCUUGCUAAUACCAAUAUUGAGAUCCUUCAGAAGAGAGCCGAUGGCCUUCUUCACUUGGUCAAACAAAGAGAAGAUGACUUCAACAAACUGGAUAGAGAGAAUAGGAAGCUCCAGUAUGAGCUCCUUGAAGCUCAAGAGCAACAGCAAUCACAGCAGAAUGAAGGCAAGAGAGACCAGGUUAUGCUGAGUAAGUUGAUAGCGAAGCUCACUCAGCUGACAGAACAACAUGAUAAUACACAGGCUGAGCUUCUAAAGGUCCAAGUGAAACUAGAAGAGGCAAAUCUCUCAAUAGCUGAUCUGAAGAGGACGGCUGUCAGGCAGGAACUCGAGAUCAGGCAGCUUGAAGGUGAAAAGAAGAAGCUCCUCAACCACCAUGACGACCUUCGUCUCAUGGUGAGUCCUUUCUCCACCAGCCCCCUUCCAUCCAGUCCCCAUCUCCAAAGUGGGCUUGGUGAAACCCAGCAGUCGGUGAAGAAUCACGAUGGUGUGACCGACUUCUUGAGGAGUCCCAGUGAAACAAGACCAAAUCUAUCAGAGGGCAGUCCACAUCAUGAAGCAACAUCUGCAAAGAGCCCACCGAGUGUAGGAGACAGUCUGCGUCUGAGUGUUGAAGACAGGAAGUUCCUUCGAUCAGGAGCAAACUACAAUAUAUUGACCGGAUGGUAUUCAGAAGCAAAGACUCCUAGCAUCGAUGUAACAAACAGUACUACUGAGCAACGUGAUGUCAUAUCCCCAAUCCAAGCAAUAACCUCACCUCGUGACACACUUCAUGCCCCCUUUGACUCUGACCUUGAAGAGCGCCCUCUUUCACCGAUGAUGAAAGCAGCUGCACAGUUUGACAGGUGGCAGAGCAGUGGCAAGUCACCACGCAGCCAGUAUAAGUCGAGUCAAUCACCCAUGGAGCUGGGCAUAAGUUCCCAUUUGAAUUCUACUGAAAUCCCCGUCAGAGAUUUACCAGUGAGGAAGAAUGAGACAAAUGGUGACCAAUCAGUGUCGUAUAAAAAGAGGACAAAGGAUGAGAAGAAUAGUGGGAGAAGAGACAAGGGUAGGCAAAUUGAGAGUAAAGACAAAAAUACAGGACUUAGGGUGAGAGUAUCGGCAGCACCUGUUCUUGACAGAGAGAAGGAGAGGUCCGCAAAGACUGCUUCUUACAAGAAACCCUCGACAAUCGCAGAUAUCAUCCAACCUGGAAAGAACAAUGACUCCAGUCUCCAUGUCUGGGCCUUGCACCAAAGUCCAGACACUGCAAUGUCCAGUAAGACCAGGAACUCUAAGGCAAGCCCGAGACAAGGGGUAGCGGACUCACCAAGUCAGGCUGCAAGGAAGAACCUUGCGAAGUAUUCCCUCAAAGAUGGAGGUGGAACGGGAGGAAGCGAGAGGAAGAAGAGGACGAGCCCCAGGAGGAAUCUGUCGGCCAGCUUCCAAGCUUCGGAAAAGAAAAACAAGGAUGGGAUGAAUCCGAGGAAGGGCAAGAUGAGCAGUAAAUCAGUUCAAACACCAGGUGCUGGUGAAGACUCUCUUGAGGCGAUGUUGCAGAAUGUAAGGGAGGGUCAUGUGAUCACGAGGGCUGACUGGGAGAAUGGAUUUGCAGAGAGCAGGUUAGCUGCUGACAAGAAUGCCAAAAGGAUGACGUCCAAAACUGCAGAGACACCAGAAGCCAUUUUGAAGAGGCUAUCUAAAGAGAGUAAGAAACUAGACGACCUCAUGUUAGAAAAAAGAAAGUUGGAGAGUGACUUAUCUCAUCUGCCAAACUCUGGACCUGCUAAUGCCAAGAGAAUUGAACAACAGGAAAAACUUGAGGAAAGGCUAGACCAGGUGACGAGAGAGCUUGGAUCAGUCCGCAUGCUCCUCAGGAAGUACAACGCCCUCAAUAUGUCAUUUUAGACCAGACUGUCCGUCCGACAAACCGCACCCCCAUCACUGGCAGUGUUUGUUCUUCUACUUCCACACACAUCCACCAUACUAAUGUGUUUACAUUGCAAGUGUAUGGCCAGUAUUAUGUCGUGUGUGAGGUCAGGUGAUUACUUUGUAUCUGGUCAGUUGAUUGAUUGUGUUUACAUUUGUCAUAUUUUAUCGCACAUGGAUAAACGUUAAUGGUAAUAGCCCUUGUCCAGAUAGGUGCGAGUCAUGUAGGGUUAUGGAUAUCCAUGGUAUAUCCAAUUAAACCGUGCAUGGUGGCUCAGUGAUGGAGUACUCUCCUAAGGAACAGAAGGUCAUCAACCUGAUCCUCGGCUGAGAAUUGGUUGCAAGGCGACAUUCUUUAGGUCGGAUCGUCACCUAUCUGUCAGGUCAAAACAUGAUCAUACUAAAAGUAAUCUAUUAAAUCAUAUUUUGUACAUUUUUUUUUCAAAUCUGAAAAGAUUCAAAACAAUGGUCACAAACAGUAUGUGUAUCAAAAAAUCAAUAUUUUCUGAGUUUUUGUUUUCUAGAAAUACUAGAAAAUAUUAGAGCUAUACUCAGGUAGGUCCAUUCCAACAGUUGUAAACACUAAGUUCAACUCCAUAAUUUUGACAUAAUGCUUCAUGAUUGUUAUGUAUCCAGGCUGUUUAAAAUCCAUUUUGGUAAGUGUCACGGGCUCCGUGGUUUGUACCAAUUUAAACUCUCCAGCUGCGAUUCGGCUCCAGCCUAAUCACAACUUAUCAUUGGAUAAUCUACUGAAAAUGCUAUGUUGACUUGCAUAAUGAACGAAGACAAAUAUUUCACUUGCUGGUACUAGGGGUUGGAGGGCACGUAAGCUUGCUGUGUCCCUCCUCUCCACAAAUUGAACAGUGAAACUUUCUCUUGACCAAACUUGCUGCUCGCAAGGCAUGCAGCUGCUGGGAUGUAUACAUCCAAUGAAACCAGAGGACAUCUCGCAAGCUUUCCUCAACUGUACUUCUCCUGGAAGCAUAUUUCCUGAGAUGACGAAACAGUUUGUUUGCUGCCUCACUCCCUUCUCCACUAAAAGCUCCAAUGCUGCCUGGGUCAUCGAGGAUUUCUUGCACAUGUUCAAUCACUUUGUGCAAGUAAUUUGGCCACAUAACAUAGCCAAAGUUAUCAAGCAGUUCUUGGCCCAUCUUCACUGCAGUGGCCUUAUAUUUGGUGACCUCUUCUCGAACUGGCUUAAGAGCUCUGUAGACCUUCCGAAGCGAUCUGAAUUUUUCAAGUACAGAGGAUAGAUGAUGCCUCCUCUCAGCUGAAGGGAGGAGUUCAAGGAAGCAUUCCUCAUUCUUGAAAUCGAAAAGUUCUCUCGCAUAAUUACCUGGCAUCAUUAGGGUUGGUGCCAAGCCAAUUCGGGAACGAACGUCGUUUAGCCUCUUCUCCGCGUCACUUAUGUACUCUCUGAAAUCCUGAUUCUGUUCCCAUACUUGUACCCCUGCAAUCUCCCUGAUGAUAACCUUCUUAAAGACCUUUAAAAAAUGAGACCUUCUGCCUUCUAGCCGGGCUCUUGGCAUGGUAAAGGGAAGUAAUAACAUUGUUAUGCAGGGCCCGCUAUAAAGUGAUUGCCAUAAGUCAUUAUUUAUUAUCAGGGCAAUUCCAUAGAAUGGUCAACCCAUUUGUAUGUCUGUCCCCCAAUUUUCUCAAGUCUUACUUCACUUAAUAAACUGAUGAAGUCAUGAUCAUUUGACAGUAUUACAGACUGUCAAAAUAACCAGAAAUCAAAGACAGAAUAUUUCACGAAGGUCCUACAUAUACAUAUAGGGGGUUGGAUGUACAUAUUUUAUGGAAUUGCCCAACACUAAUUACCUCAUAUUGUUGAAGUUUUUUUUUAGAUUUGUUUUUUGUUGUUGCUGUGCUUGUGUUUCUUUUCAAUUUUAGUCAGGUUUUUUUGUUCAAGAAUCUGUAUACAGAGUGAAAAUAUAAUGUAUUUUUUUUUUAAGUGUAACUGAUAAUAUUCUUUGAAUCAGUGGUGUUACAUUUGUGCAAAUUUGCAAAUAUGGCUUUGAGUGUGUGGUUUAAAACCAUGACUGACAUAGAUUACAUACAUUACUUACAAUUAAUCUAGCACAUUUAUUGAGAAUAGGUCUGGAUAAACAAAGUGUGUUUCUGUCACAAGAGGCAUUAAUAAGCCAUUUUAAAAUGAAUGAGUUCAUUUGAAUUAACUUACAUAAAUUGUAAACUCUGGUAAGCUCUUACCAGGUAGAAGGAUAUAA